ACCACCCUCCCCCGCCGCUCCGCGCACACCGCGUCCCAGCCCGGCCUCCCGCUCCUUUCUGCCAAACCGCUCACUUGCCAGCCCUUCGCCCCCGGGAAGAAGAAACAUUUCCCGGAGCGCACUCCUCAGCCCUCACUCCCCACCGCGCUCGCCCUUCCCCUCCCCCCGCCCCUUUCUUUCUUUCUUGGGGGAGGGGGGGCUGUCGCCUCGGAUUGAAGGCCAUUGAUUUGUAUGUAUUUGUCCCGGCGCCGGAGGCUGCCCCAGCCGCCCGCGCGGGUGCCGCCGCCGCCGCCAGUGGAGUUGCCUCCCUGCUUCCCUAGGGUGGUUAAGCUCCACCAAACAUGUCGGCUCCGGUCGGGCCGCGGGGCCGCCCGGCUCCCACCCCGGCGGCCUCUCAGCCGCCCCUGCAGCCCGAGAUGCCUGACCUCAGCCACCUCACGGAGGAGGAGAGGAAAAUCAUCCUGGCCGUCAUGGAUCGGCAGAAGAAAGAAGAGGAGAAGGAGCAGUCGGUGCUCAAGGUCAAAGAAGAGCACAAACCACAACCGACACAGUGGUUUCCCUUUAGUGGGAUCACUGAACUGGUAAAUAACGUUCUUCAGCCCCAGCAAAAACAACAAAAUGAAAAGGAGCCCCAGACAAAACUUCAUCAGCAGUUUGAAAUGUACAAGGAGCAGGUGAAGAAGAUGGGAGAAGAAUCACAACAGCAGCAAGAGCAGAAGGGUGAUGCCCCAACCUGUGGUAUUUGCCACAAAACAAAAUUUGCUGAUGGAUGUGGCCAUAACUGUUCAUAUUGCCAAACAAAGUUCUGUGCUCGUUGUGGAGGUCGAGUGUCAUUACGCUCAAACAAGGAGGACAAAGUGGUUAUGUGGGUAUGUAAUUUGUGCCGAAAACAACAAGAAAUCCUCACUAAAUCAGGAGCAUGGUUUUAUAAUAGUGGAUCUAACACAUCACAGCAACCCGAUCAGAAGGUUCUCCGAGGACUGCGGAAUGAGGAGGCACCUCAGGAGAAGAAAGCAAAAGUGCAUGAGCAGGCCCAGUUCCAAGGACCCUCAGGUGACUUAUCUGUACCUGCAGUGGAGAAAAGUCGCUCUCAUGGGCUCACAAGACAGGAUUCUAUUAAAAAUGGGUCAGGAGUGAAGCACCAAAUUACCAGUGACAUAGCUUCAGACAGGACACGAAGUCCAUCCGUAUCCCGAGAUCAGAAUAGAAGAUACGACCAAAGAGAAGAAAGAGAAGAAUAUUCACAGUAUGCUACUUCAGAUAACGCCAUGCCUAGGUCUCCAUCAGAUUAUGCUGAUAGGAGGUCUCAGCGUGAACCUCAGUUUUACGAAGAGUCUGACCAUAUAAAUUACAGGGACUCCAGCAGGAGAAGUCAUAGGCAUUCCAAAGAAUACAUUGUAGAUGAUGAGGACGUGGAGAGUAGAGAUGAAUAUGAAAGGCAACGGAGAGAGGAGGAAUACCAGGCACGCUAUCGAAGUGACCCGAAUUUGGCCCGUUAUCCAGUAAAGCCACAGCCCUAUGAAGAACAAAUGCGUAUUCAUGCGGAAGUGUCCAGAGCAAGGCAUGAGAGAAGGCAUAGUGAUGUUUCUUUGGCAAAUGCUGAACUGGAAGAUUCUAGGAUUUCUAUGAUGAGGAUGGAACGGCCAUCAAGGCAAAGAUCUAUAUCUGAACGUAGAGCUGCCAUGGAAAAUCAGCGAUCUUACUCAAUGGAAAGAACUCGAGAGGCUCAGGGACCAAGUGCUUAUCCACAAAGGACCACAAACCAUAGUCCUCCCACCCCCCGGAGGAGUCCAAUACCCAUCGAUAGACCAGACAUGAGACGUACUGACUCACUGAGGAAACAACACCACUUAGACCCCAGCUCUGCUGUGAGGAAAACAAAACGGGAAAAAAUGGAAACAAUGUUAAGGAAUGAUUCUCUCAGUUCCGACCAGUCAGAGUCAGUGAGACCUCCACCACCAAAGCCUCAUAAAUCAAAGAAAGGAGGUAAAAUGCGCCAGGUUUCAUUGAGCAGUUCAGAAGAGGAAUUAGCUUCCACACCUGAAUACACGAGUUGUGAUGACGUUGAGAUUGAAAGUGAGAGUGUAAGUGAGAAAGGGGACAGUCAAAAGGGAAAAAGAAAAACUAGUGAGCAGGCAGUUUUGUCGGACUCUAACACCAGGUCUGAGAGACAAAAGAAAAUGAUGUACUUUGGUGGCCACUCUUUGGAAGAGGACUUGGAAUGGUCUGAGCCUCAGAUUAAGGACUCUGGGGUAGAUACCUGUAGUAGCACAACCCUUAACGAGGAGCAUAGCCAUAGUGAUAAGCACCCUGUGACGUGGCAGCCAUCUAAAGAUGGAGAUCGUUUAAUUGGUCGCAUUUUGUUGAAUAAGCGUCUAAAAGAUGGAAGUGUGCCUCGAGAUUCAGGAGCAAUGCUUGGCUUGAAGGUUGUAGGAGGAAAGAUGACUGAAUCAGGUCGGCUUUGUGCUUUUAUUACCAAAGUAAAAAAAGGAAGUUUAGCUGAUACUGUAGGACAUCUUAGACCAGGUGAUGAAGUAUUAGAAUGGAAUGGAAGGUUUUUGCAAGGAGCCACAUUUGAAGAAGUGUAUAACAUCAUUCUGGAAUCCAAACCUGAACCACAAGUGGAGCUUGUUGUUUCAAGACCUAUUGGAGAUAUCCCUAGAAUCCCUGAUAGCACACAUGCACAACUGGAGUCCAGUUCUAGCUCUUUUGAAUCUCAAAAAAUGGAUCGCCCUUCUAUUUCCGUUACCUCUCCCAUGAGUCCAGGCAUGUUGAGGGAUGUUCCACAAUACUUAUCUGGACAACUUUCAAGCCAAAGCCUUAGUAGAAGAACAACGCCUUUUGUUCCUAGGGUUCAGAUAAAACUAUGGUUUGACAAGGUUGGUCAUCAAUUAAUAGUUACAAUUCUGGGAGCAAAGGAUCUCCCUUCCAGGGAAGAUGGGAGGCCAAGGAAUCCUUAUGUCAAAAUUUACUUUCUUCCAGACAGAAGUGAUAAAAACAAGAGAAGAACAAAAACAGUAAAGAAAACAUUGGAACCCAAAUGGAACCAAACAUUCAUUUAUUCCCCGGUCCACCGAAGAGAGUUUAGGGAGCGAAUGCUAGAGGUUACGCUCUGGGAUCAAGCUCGAGUUCGAGAGGAAGAAAGUGAAUUCUUAGGAGAGAUUUUAAUUGAAUUAGAAACAGCAUUAUUAGAUGAUGAGCCACAUUGGUACAAACUUCAGACCCAUGAUGUUUCUUCAUUACCACUUCCCCACCCUUCUCCAUAUAUGCCACGACGACAGCUCCAUGGAGAGAGCCCAACAAGGAGGUUGCAAAGGUCAAAAAGAAUAAGUGAUAGUGAAGUUUCUGACUAUGACUGUGAUGAUGGAAUUGGUAUAGUAUCAGAUUAUCGACACAAUGGUCGAGAUCUUCAAAGCUCUACAUUAUCAGUGCCAGAACAAGUAAUGUCAUCAAACCAUUGUUCACCAUCAGGGUCUCCUCACCGAGGAGAUGUUAUAGGAAGGACUAGAUCAUGGUCACCCAGUGUCCCUCCUCCACAAAGUCGGAAUGUGGAACAGGGGCUUCGAGGGACACGCUCUGCUGCUGGACAUUAUAAUACAAUUAGCCGAAUGGAUAGACAUCGUGUCAUGGAUGACCAUUAUUCUCCAGAGAGAGACAGUCAUUUUCUUACUCUACCUCGCUCCAGAUACAGUCAGAACAUUGAACAUCAUCACAGGGAUGGCAGGGAUUGUGAAGCAGCAGAUAGACAGCCAUAUCACAGAUCCAGAUCAACAGAACAACGGCCUCUCCUAGAGCGGACCACCACCCGCUCCCGAUCCACUGAGCGUCCUGACACAAACCUCAUGAGGUCGAUGCCUUCAUUAAUGACUGGAAGAUCUGCCCCUCCUUCACCUGCCUUAUCGAGGUCUCAUCCUCGUACUGGGUCUGUCCAAACCAGCCCGUCAAGUACUCCAGUGGCAGGACGAAGGGGCCGACAACUUCCACAACUUCCGCCAAAGGGAACAUUGGAGAGAAACAAUGGAGUCAAGGAGAUAGAACCUUAUGAAGAAGAAGUGGACUCCACAAGGAGAAGACAUGCAGGUGCUAUGGAUAUAGAGGAGAGAAAUCGCCAAAUGAAAAUUAACAAAUACAAACAGGUAGCCGGAUCAGAUCCCAGACUGGAGCAAGAUUACCAUUCAAAGUAUCGAUCAGGAUGGGAUCCUCAUAGAGGGGCAGAUAAUAUUUCCACUAAAUCUUCGGACAGUGAUGUAAGUGAUAUAUCUGCGGUUUCAAGGACUAGUAGUGCUUCUCGUUUCAGCAGCACGAGCUACAUGUCUGUCCAAUCAGAACGGCCAAGAGGAAACAAGAAAAUCAGGCCAAAGGGAAUAGAAGAGGGAGGGCAAGAAGGGGAUAAGCACGAAGAGAUAGUUCAUGAGAAGGAAGAGGUAAAGGAAGAAAAACUUAAUGAGAAUGAGAAAGGGACAGAGAUCACAAAGUCAUGUGAUCAGGAGAAAAACAGAGAAUCAGGAGACGAGGAAAAAGCACAAGAUAUACCUGAGCAAGGGAAAGAAAAAGAACAGUGGAAUAAAGAGGAUUUGCAAGGACGAUUUUCACAAGAUGAUGACAGUGUCUUUACAUCCAAAAUGCAAAGCAGACAAAUGGGCAUCUCUGGCAAGAACAUGACCAAAAGCACCAGCAUCAGUGGAGACAUGUGCUCGCUGGAGAAGACGGACGGCAGCCAGUCGGACACGGCGGUGGGGGCGUUGGGCACCGGCGGCAAAAAGCGGCGCUCUAGCAUUGGGGCCAAAAUGGUAGCUAUUGUUGGCCUCUCCCGGAAAAGUCGCAGUGCUUCUCAGCUCAGCCAAACGGAAGCAGGAGGUAAAAAGCUACGGAGCACUGUCCAGAGGAGCACGGAAACGGGCCUGGCUGUGGAGAUGAGGAACUGGAUGACCCGCCAGGCAAGCCGAGAAUCGACCGACGGCAGCAUGAACAGCUACAGCUCGGAAGGAAAUCUGAUUUUCCCUGGUGUCCGCCUGGCCUCCGAUAGCCAGUUCAGCGAUUUCCUGGAUGGCCUUGGCCCUGCCCAGCUAGUGGGGCGCCAGACUCUGGCUACACCUGCAAUGGGUGACAUUCAGGUAGGAAUGAUGGACAAAAAGGGACAGUUGGAGGUGGAAAUCAUUCGGGCUCGUGGCCUUGUUGUAAAACCAGGUUCCAAGACACUGCCAGCACCAUAUGUGAAGGUGUAUCUGUUGGAUAAUGGAGUCUGCAUAGCCAAAAAGAAAACAAAGGUGGCAAGAAAAACACUGGAACCCCUUUACCAACAGCUAUUAUCUUUCGAAGAAAGUCCCCAGGGGAAGGUUUUACAGAUCAUUGUCUGGGGAGAUUAUGGUCGCAUGGAUCACAAAUCCUUUAUGGGAGUGGCCCAGAUACUUUUAGAUGAACUGGAGCUAUCCAAUAUGGUGAUUGGAUGGUUCAAACUUUUUCCCCCUUCCUCCCUAGUAGAUCCAACUUUGGCCCCUCUGACAAGAAGAGCUUCCCAAUCCUCUCUGGAAAGUUCAACCGGACCUUCUUACUCUCGUUCAUAGCAGCUGUAAAACUGUUGUCAUAGCAACCAGCGUUACAAACAAAAACAAAAACAAAAAAAAAAAUAAAAAACAACCCACAGGUCGCAAACCCUGGUAACACUGCAUGCUUAAUGUUGUGUCUUCUGAGCCUGUUUCUAGGGAUACAAAGCGAUCCUGUGUUCUCAGAGGAAGUUGCACACAUUGUGCCCUAAAGAUGGUCCUCAGGUCAAAGAGCAGAGUUAUGAAGAACUAUCAGGCUUGGAGUUCAAGAACACUUGAGUUUGGGUCCAAUCUGAAGCCAUGGAUUAAUCUCAAAGAAUCAGUCAGUUUCAUGCAACAAAAGCCCUUUUCAAUGGCACCUUUCUAUUUUUAUCGUUCCUUUUUCUUCAUUUCUCUGACCCCAAAGCCCUAUUAUGCCACAGAAAUGGAGCUAUACAGUCAUGAAGCCAUGUUACGAGUCAAGGAGUGAAGUCCUCGGAAGCAUCAGGUGAAAAGCGGGAGACCAAAGAAGUGGUCCGGGACAGACAUCCGCCCUCCUCUGCACAGGGACCAGGAGCAGCCCGUCCAGCGUAAGCCGUGGCCGACUUCAGAGCUCCAGCAGGCACGCCACUCCCUAAGGCCACGAUGUGUUGGACUCUGAAAAACAGAAUUCUGUGGCUCCACUGUACUGAAUGAAAUUAAAGAAACUUUUUUUGCAUGGACACAGAUUAGCUGAAUACUUAAAUUAUUUUCUUGGGGCUGCAACUUGCAAAAAAAAAAAAAAAAGAAUAAAAAUCAGCCAUUUUCAACAAUUUAUAUUAUUUUUAAAAAUAAAUUUCACUAUUGCAUGGUUUUAAAAGGGGAAGAGAAUGCAACAGGGUGGCACAAAGACACACCAUGUUUAUUCUUUAAUCAUAGUCUGUGUUUUGGCAGACAUUACAAAUGAGAAUACUUUCUAGAAGAUACUUAAAAUUCUCUUUAUGUGACAGAUAAGCAUACUAUAUUCAAUUUAUUUCCAUGUUAAAUAUACAAAUCUUAUAAAGUUCAAUAUGUGCAAAUUGUUCACAUCUUUCUUCCUCUUCUCUGUCUCACUUUUCCUCUCUUCUCUUUUAAUCUUUCAUUUUCUUUCUCCCUACCAGAGUGAACAUUAUACUAAAAGAUCACAAGUUUUUGACCUGAUACUCCUUAUACCCCCUGUUUGAUUCAGAGCUGUAGAUGCUUCUGAAUUUAUGAAUUUCUCAAGAGAAAAAAAAAAAAAA